AUGGAUGGCGUCAGAGGAUCGCACAGCAACACGCAGCUGGUGACAAAAAUCGAGCAUGAAGAUGACGACUUCAAGAUUAGAGGCGCCGCCUCAUCAGCCAUGAGCAACGAAGCUACGGCAAAGGAUUUAACGCCCGAUACCUGCACGAUCUGCCUGCAAACCAUCACGGAGCGAGCUGUUGCUGUACCAUGCAACCAUCUGACCUUCGAUUACCUAUGCUUGGUGUCAUGGCUGCAAGAGCGGGCGACAUGUCCGUUGUGCAAAGCCGUGGUGAGGGAGGUGCAGUAUGAUUUUGGAGGACCGGCGGACUAUAAGACGUAUCGCCUGCCACUGGACGCGGUACCAGGGAACGUGAACAGCGACAACGAGCGCCCGACUGGACGAGAAGGCAAGGCACUAUCCAAACCACAGACCCGGCCGUCGAAAGACGACAAAGAGUCUACCGCGAUCGCACAUACUCUAAACACGUCGGCGCAAACACCACAUCACAACAUCGCGACUUCACAUCAUCAUCGUUCGCCCUCUCCGAGUCCUUACAAAGCCGGGCCCGAGCUUUCCUGCGGCGAGAACUGCAAGUCUUCUCCUUCCUGGACCGCGAAAGCGUACACAGGGGAAGUGGAAGACACUAUUUAG